GCUGGAGUUGAGACCGUUUUGUGACUCUGUGAUUUGUGUCUUCCUGAGUGCAGGUGUUAGUGAACCGCACGUGUGUGAGCGUUAAAAGCAGUAACAGCAGCAGUGGCGACGGAGACUAUUACGAAAGCCAAAUACGGAGUCAGGUCAUGGUCUGAUUUGCUAGGACGGGUACAUUCAUGAACUUCUACUACCCUGACUCGUCAAUGGAUAUGUGGUGCUGAUCGAACUGAUGGAAUGGGGCCAGAGUCCUAUGGAGUUCGGGUAGUCCCGUCUCCAACCCAACUCACCAGACCUCUUCAAGAUCGUUAUCAUCACUGCACCUGUGAGAGACAUAGAAGAUCCUCUCUCAGACGAUGGAGGCCUCUAGUGCUCAACGAUAUAAGGAAAAAGAGUCAAGAGUACACAGGCCUUGUGUUUUCGACAAGAUGGAGGGGCUGGUGCGGGAGAUGCAAGAUUCUGAAAAUGGAGUACCUGUACGUAGCCAAAAAUUAUUUCUUACUUCAAUCCCUUCAGCAUUUAUGGGUUACGAUCUCAUCGAGUGGUUGAUGGAGCGGCUCAAUAUUGAAGAAUCAGUGGAGGCUGUCCAUAUUGCUAAUCAACUUUGCCAGUAUGGUUACUUCUUCCCAGUGAAUGACUCCAGAACUCUUACUGUAAAAGAUGACAGCUCUCUUUAUAGAUUUCAGACACCAUAUUAUUGGCCAUGGCAACAUCGAACACCUGAUAAUGUAGAAUAUGCAAUUUAUUUGGCUAAGCGUACUUUAAGAAACAAACAACGCCAUGGCCUCGAAGAAUAUGAAAUUGAGGCUUUAAAUAGUUUAAAAAGAAAUUUACAAAAUAAAUGGGACAUCAUUCAAUUGCAAGCAGAGGAACAGAUACGAUUAUCCAAGGAGCGUAAAAAGGGUGAUAAAAUCGUUUGUGAUUCUCAAGAAAGGGCAUUCUGGAGAGUAUAUAGACCUCCACCAGGAUGUAUGAGUAGUCUUGAAGUAGUACCGGUACCAGCAAGGGCACGACUUGGUUUACCUCGUGCCCCGCCUCGAAAGCGUACUCUUAACGAUCUACAGCGCGAGGUAGAUCUUUUGCGGAAUAAUAUUACACGUACAAGAAUAAAAGCUUCGGUUGCUAUUGAAAAUCUCCAAACGCAUUUUGACACAUACAUAGAAUAUGAUCCAAUGAUGACACAGCCUCAACCUUCUAAUCCAUGGAUUACAGAUGAUCAAACAUUUUGGCAGCUCAAUAGUUCCUUGGUUGAAAUUCCUAUAGACAAGCGUGUUAAAAGGUGGGGAAUAUCAAUGGAAGAAUUAAUGUCGGAUCCAACAGGCCUGCAAGAGUUUACUAAUUACUUACGUAAGGAGUAUAGUCAUGAAAAUAUAAGAUUUUGGUUGGCAGUAAAGGAUUUGAGACAGAGUUAUCAAUUAAAAAUAAAUGAUAAAGUUAUUGAAAUUUUCAGAGAAUUUUUGGCACCUGGAGCUCCUUGUGAAAUUAAUAUAGAUGGUAAAACAAUGGAAAAAGUUCAUCAAGAAAUGAAUUAUCCAACCAGGUUUACAUUUGAUGCUGCUGCUGAACACGUGUACACUUUACUUCUAAAGAAAGAUUGUUAUCCUAGAUUUAUUCGUUCUGAUCAUUAUCGAAAUCUUUUAGCUGCCGGUGUGCAGCCUUUACAAAAAAAAAGAUUCUUUGGAUUCGUUGGCCAAGGAAAGAAAAAAAUUUCUUCGAGUAUAAUAACUAUCCCUGGGGGGCUAUCACAGCAGCAACAGCAACUUCAAUACCAGCGACGAAGAGGCAGUGACCGAAGUUUGUCAGGCUCAGCUCAUGAGUUGGCCAUGUGCGGUGUAAGAGAUUCUGCUGUGAGACACCAAGUGCCCCAUUCUCAUAGUCAGUCAAAUUUAACCGAUAUUCCAUACAGGGGAGAUCUGGAUUUUAAGAUUCUUUCACGGCCUAGUCCAAUAAAUAUUCAGGAUGUUGGUACACUGGAAGCAGCAAUUCGCCAUAUGGACGAUGUGUGUCCAUGGGAUGCAGCCCCCGCAGAUGCAUUGAUCGUGCAGACGUCAUCGGAUGAAACAGCCUUUUCAGAUUCCCUCGGGCAUUUCACGUCUGCAACUCAAGGUGACCAGCAAAACAAGAUGCAGUCAUCGUUUACAAAUUCCUCACAGCUGGAUUUACGCUCUUCUUCAUCUGAUGUAAGCAUUGCUAUAGCAGAAGUCUCAGAGACAUUGCGCAAGACAAGUGGAAUUAGUGAAUACCGAAGCCAUCAGCAUAUGCAUGAUAAUCAUCAUCAUUUGCAACGGCAGGAAAUCAGCGGUAGCAGUUCUGCUCCCAUACAACGUAAUUACUCAGUUAGCGCAACUCAUACAAGCGUUAAAAGUGCUAAAAUCAAGCUUACUGAGGCGACAAGGACUACUGUCUCUACGUACAAUUUUCCUUCACCCCAGCAUUCCUUUGAUCUAUCAUAUAUUGCUCUCGUUCCAGCAGAAAUAUUCUGCGACCGUCAGCAGCUUCAGCACGAGUCUUCGAGUGUCAAUGAACUACCACAUAUGCACUCUUUUACUAUCGUACCCGAUGAAAUUGAACAAGAUCAAACUAGGACUAUCACAAAAGCUCCAUUAAUAAGUAUAAGUGCAAUUGUGGGCGAUCUUCUGGAAGACUUAGAGUCAUCUACGGGAGCGAAUAAGGAGACAAGAAUAGAAACACCUGAUACGAGCAACGAUUGUGUUUUUAUGAGCGAGCCUGCUACCCAGUUCCAAAGCCUACCCGAGGUUGAAGAAAAUAAGACGAGAGAACAAAUGAUAAUGUCGAUUUCGGAAGAAAAAUUUGAGACUUAUCAUUUCACUAGAGAAUCAAAUGCUCGACAAAAUAAGGGUGAGCUUAAAGACGAUGACGCAACAACUGCUACUGAACCAUUAACUUUUCAAGAGCAGCCAGACAAUAACGUUAAUGAAGUUUGUCCAUGGGAAGAUGAAGAAAAUUGUAAAGUGGACACACCCUACAUAAAAACCUAUGCAACUUUAGGUUAUUUGUAAGUCUUAUUACAUGGUUUAUGUUCGAAAGAUGACUUUCAAAUUUAAUAUUUUCAUUUU